AUAUCACACAGAGCUGUUUCCAAUUUGACGUUUAUUUUUAACACGACAACGAAAGCUUCACACCUUUCUUCAUAGUGUAAUCCCCAUCGAGUCUGAAACCAAGUAAAAUCACCAAAGUUUCCAUCUUUCAGGAUUUUUUGGCAAAGAAAAAUGAUGAAAGAACGCAAACGCGAAUAGUGGGACUGUUUGGAACUCGCAAAACCAGUCGCCGUUUCGACUGGCCAAAUUGUUGUGAAAUUUGGUUCCUCAAGGUCCUUUGAUUGGAAAUCGUCCAUCGAAUAAACUCGACACAGCGAAUGUAGCACGAAUUACUUCCGGUAGAGGAGAACUAGAUGAAAAAAUACAACUACAGUAAACUGAGCCAACGGGACCUGGAAGCCGCUUCUUCUACGGUUUCUUCCGCCGCUGGCAAAAGCAUCAUCGGCAGUAGCAACGGAACUACAGUCAUCGAAACCGGAAUGUAUCUCCGCGAUUGGCGCCAGGCUUUGAGGACUCCUCCCUCGUACCGUAUCGGGAACCGAACUAUCCGGCUGCAGGUGCACGUCAUAUGGCCGUUGGCUGUUCUGGGAGCACUGCUUCUGUUCCUGCUCUACAUCAUCGGAAGCUCAACGAUGCAAAGUGGGUCCAGCAUCGGCAAUUUGGACCGGAACUCGGUGAUUUUCUACAACAGCACCUAUCCGCUAACGGAGCCGAUUGUGAGCAAUGGAAUGUACACCUUCCGGAUAGGGGUGAUUGCGGAUUUGGAUACCAAUUCCCGGGUGGGCAGCAAGGAUUCGUGGAACAGCUACUUCAUGAAGGGCUACCUCAGUUACAUUCCGGCGAAGGGAACCGUCACCGUUUCGUGGGACGAAACGGGACCGAAGGAAAUGAAAUCUAGCUUUUCAUUGAAAGGUAAGAAUACUAGUGGGUUUUGGAGUGAUUAUAGGGAAAUUAAGGUAGCCCCCAGAAGCUAUUGUUUAGCGAAAUCCAUCAAGUCUAAAAGGGGCUUACCUAGCUUGAGAAUACCAACCAAAUACUUAUAGCAGGUCUCUUUUCAA